GUCAGAAGGGACAAGCUCAAAACGUGAAAAUCCAUCAAUAUCAGUGACUCUUGUCACUGUGAUUAUUGUUACCACAGUGAUUGCUGUAGUUUUACUUGCUGGCACCUUAACCUGCUCCUUUUACAGGAGGAUCAUAGCAAAAAGAAAAGAGACUGAAAAAAGCAUUCCAGGGAAUCCCAUGCCUUACUUGGACGACAGUGAAAGACAAGCUGCAGAAUUGGUUGAUGAGGAUGAUAAAUUCAUCGAUGUACCCUAUUUCAGUCUGGAAAGCAUACUAGCUGCUACAAAUAACUUCUCAGACACAAAUAAACUUGGAAGAGGAGGAUUUGGCCCAGUUUACAAGGGAAUCUUCCCUGAAGAAAAAGAAAUUGCAGUAAAGAGGUUGUCAAGCCACUCUGGUCAAGGCAUGGAGGAAUUUCGACAUCGGAACCUAGUUAGACUCUUGGGCUACUGCAUCAAGGGACCUGAAAAAAUUCUUCUGUAUGAAUACAUGCCAAAUAAAAGCUUAGACACCUUUAUAUUUGAUGAAGGACGCUGCAUCUUAUUGGACUGGAACAUGAGAUUCAACAUCAUUCUGGGAAUAGCACGGGGACUUCUUUAUCUUCACCAGGAUUCAAGGUUGAGGAUAAUUCACAGAGAUUUGAAAACAAGCAACAUUCUAUUAGAUGAAGAGAUGAAUCCCAAAAUUUCAGAUUUUGGCUUGGCAAGAAUAGUUCAAGGCAAAGAAACAGAAGCAAAUACAAUAAAAGUAGUUGGAACCUAUGGCUAUAUGUCUCCAGAGUAUGCAAUCGAAGGUUUAUUCUCAGUGAAGUCAGAUGUAUUUAGUUUUGGAGUAAUUAUACUUGAGAUUCUUAGUGGUAAGAGAAACACUUCUGGAUUUUAUCGGUCUGAAGAAGUCUUGAGUCUUUUAGGCUAUGCUUGGAGAUUGUGGCAAGAAAGGAAAGCAUUGGAUUUAGUUGACAAGAGGUUGCUGGAAUCAUGCAAUGGAACAGAAGUCAUGAAGAGCAUAAACAUUGGUCUCUUAUGUGUACAAGAUGAUCCCAGUGAUCGUCCCACCAUGUCUAAUGUUCUUAUUAUGCUCAGUAGCGAAACAACUACUCUUCCAAGUCCGAAUCAACCAGCUUUUGUAGGAAGAAGACGCACUUCUAGUACAUCUGCAUCUUUGUCUAGUAAGGCAGAAACAAUCUCCAUCAACGAGAUGACCAUCUCUGCAGAAGACGGCCGAUGAAGGCGUUGAUUGUUUCAUUGUAUAGUCCAGCAAAUGAAGUUGUACUAUCUCGAAGGCAUUCGCUGGCUUUGCUAUCUUGAGUCCGAUAGCGGAACUCCAAGCUCGUUUGUAUAGAUAACUACGGUAUGAAAAAAGAAU